AUGGUAAUACAAGAACAAGUGAAAGAGAAAGAAAUAGAUGCGGCUGCAGUGGGGUUGCCUCGUUCCGUGCUAGAACUCAUGAGCGAUCCUAACUCAGAGUAUCUUCACUCACUUAAGCGCUUUCGUCAUGGAACAUUAAUAGCGAUGACUGACGGCGACGUUGUUGUUCCAUAUCCUUCAGCUGCUAUGCGCAGCUACAAUCCUUAUAUCAGUAGUUUUUUGACGGAGCAUUUCACCGAGUGGCGAUGGCAUAUCCACCACUUUGGCUUCACCGCGGGCAAUGGAAGUGAUCAUGCAAUUAAUGCAGAAUUUAUUGAGCGCCUCAAUUCAAAGAUCGACACCUCGAUUGUAAUUAAUGAGCACGAACUGGGACUUGAUGCGAGAUGUGCGCCACGUAUUUCAAGUAUCGGUCGAUUUGACUGCGACAACAAACAAGAGGUUGAGUUUCCGCACGAGAUGUUGUGCCAUUUGCAGCAGGUACUUCCAUGGCGACGCAUUGACGUGACCGUGGAGCCUUGCGGCGUGAAAGGAAAAUUGCGACUGCAUGACUGGCCUAUUAAUAAAAUGCAACCUUCAGAUUGUCGAGCAAAUGAGUUUAUUGAUCUUUUGUGCGAUAUGAUCGGAGCGGACCAUGGCAUGCAUUCUCUGAAGACGCCAAACAAUCUUGGCAAGCUUGAUGAAAGCUUUGCGUUGCUAACACCCAAUUCUCGGCCACAUGGAAAUUCGAGCAGUGACCCAAUUUGA